AUGGAUCCGAUUUGUCGAUUAAAUAAUGGGAUUUCCCUCAGCAAAAUUGCUGCUCUUGCUGCUCUUCCUUCACGCAGUAAUUGGACUUUGUAUUCUAUGGAAGAAACAAGGGAAGUUGGGGUAAGUAGCUGUGGUUCCGUCAGGUUAAUUGGGAGGCCGAAGAAGUUUUCAAUCCUUUUUUGAAUAACAGAUUUGUAGGCGGAGCCGGAUAGGCUGAUUAUGUGAAUUUUGUACGGCCGGAAGGUUGUAUACCAACGGAAAAAAGAGAGGUUACAAGGUACUUGGAUAUGGAAUACAAAAAGCUUUUUUUUUAUUUUUUGAGCACUACAAGGGGGAUAUUGGAUACCACAACAACCUACAAAUUAACUAGCCUACCUUAGUUUUACUAUAUUUUUUGCAACAGCGCAAGCCCACCUUUCCCGGACCGACCACCAAUACAAAUGACUCUUUGGCGACCUCAACUGUCGAUGACCCAGGCUACACAUCGGAUUCCAAAGAACGGCAGAGUGGGCGGCAUCCGCAACAGUUCGUGCUACGGUAGGCCCUUCGAAAACACGCAUGGGCUGUUGUGGUUUAAUGGACUUCCCGCAGGGCAUGCAAAAACAUUGGAUUUGCUAAUUUUACCCACUCUUUUUUCUCGGAAAAGGAACAAUCGGCGACGAAACGGACAUGAACUACAUUAAGGUUGCAACAAUCUGACAUGCAAAAAGGUGGAGUUAGAUGGAAACUAUGCCGAUGAAUAGGCUUUAUUAGGGAUGCACUCGGAUCCGGAAACAGUUUCAAAGACAGUUUCAACCAGUAGAUGUGUUGGGUGCAGUAGGCGGCCCAAGAAAGCCGGAAAAGGUCAGCAUGCCUUCGCAUCGUCAACUCGACUUUGGAGGCUUUAAUUAAGAUGUUUAUUCCAAAACUCUUUGGUUGACAUCGCUCUCUGCAGUAUCUGUUAUAAAUCAUUAUUCGUUUAUUCGUUUUAGAAUGUGGCUGAAGGCAGUGCGACUAGUGUUAUGUAUGAUCUACUAUGUUCAAGUUGCACGAGGAAUCCGGCAAGAAUCCGAACUAAAUUUGGACUUUGAGCUGCACAAAGAGCCCGGCGAAAAGUAUUAUAGAGCCGAUAUAAAAGACGAUGACGUUGUGGAUAUGUAUCAAAAAUGGGUGGAUACGGGCCUCAGCUCGUUGAUGUCUGCAGUCGCUAACCAUAAGUAAGUGAGAGCAAAAAAAACAGGGUAAAACAGAGUAUUUGACAAACGAAUUUCCAAAUCAAAUAUAAAUUUCAUUUUUCAGACUAAAACGUCAACGAAGAUCGGUGAUUCAGAAGUACGGUGAGUGCUCAUCAAGCGCUACCGACAUUCCAAAGCACGCGAAAUGCCUAACCAAACUGCUGAAGAAUGAAAUUAAGGCAGAAGUGAAGCCUCGGCAUUUCAAUAGACUCCAGAGGUAUCAACAGGAAGUUGAGGGGUUUAAGACACUUCAAACUGAUGAAGAAUUAAAGCGCACAAGUCGCCGGCUUCAGAAGUAUAGGAAAGAAGAUGCAGGUCGCAAAACAGUUUACUCAGUUGAUGAGGCAAGCUUGCAGAAGACAAAAGAAAGGUCCAGAAGAUCGGCAAAGGUUGUAGCUUCGGAAUCAUACAACCUAAAGACCAAUAAAGAGAAUAUAACUCCUUUCGGGCAUAUUGCCAAGAUUUUGAUGGAAUCUGUGAAGAAGAUCAAAGGCAAAUCGGAUAUCCCGCGAUGGCAAAGCACAGUGGAGAAGCUGAGGGCAAAUGGAGCGAAGAGGAAGAAGUACAAGGAACUGAUUGAAAACGAUAGUGAAGAGAACCUGCAGAGUAUGAAUCUAGGCCUAUACAAAGAAAAAAUGGUCAAGAAAAAUCCAGCCUCUGACGUGGAUCUAGAGAAACUGCUGAAAGAUCCAGAGGAAUUGAAGAAGUUCAUCAAGAAGAAAAAAAUUCCAAAAACAAAAGAGGAAAAAGUCGUGGACAUGAUUAGAAGUGGGCUGAAGCUGAUGUACAACCUGGCUGGAAAGAACACCACGAAUUUUGAGGAGAGAAAUAUGAAGCUGGUCUCACCAAGAUUUUUGGGAGUUGUGCCGGAGGAAAAGAAGGAUGAUGAGGUAAUAAAUUUACACUGGAUUUCAUUAUCGUUUCGAAAUUGAGUUUCCUAACUACAGUAAGGGACCUGAACCAGUAGCAAAAAACGUACCAUUUUGCAUCCGGGGAGUAUCAAAAAUGUGGCAAAAUGCCUCCCUCUCCAAGAGGAAAAACUUUGCUUUGAAGGCCCUUUCCCUCACAAAAAGAGCAGGCGGGCUUUUGAAAUCGAAGUUUUUUCACUUGGAGAGGGAAGCAUUUUGCCACAUUUUGAUGCUUUCCGGAUGCAAGAUGGUAGGUUUUUGGCCAAUGGAUCAGGUCCGCUACUAUAAUUUAUUGAUGACAAGUGUGUUUUCAGUGAUAUAAACUAUCGGAAAACCCUUGAAAAAUAAGACUUCAAACUAGAAUAGAGACAGGGCAAAAAUAUAUAAACAAUACAGGGCAAAAAUAUAUACAAGUUUUCUCUGUGCCUUAAGUAAUUUUUAUCCUUGCUCUAUGAUCUCGAAAGUGGCGUCCAGUAGUACUUUUCAAGAGCUUUCCAACCGUGUAUAGCACUUGCCAUUUGGCUUCGCUCAGUUUGUACAUUUCAUAGUAAGUUUCAAAAAACAAAUUUCAGAUCAAUCUCAUCUCCCCUUCACUCUUCUCCCUUCACGAUGAAGGUGAAGGAAUUGAAAAUCUGACCAGUCUUCCAACACUCCUCAAGAGCUUCACCAGCCAAGAUCAACAACUCUGGCUGGAUAUUAUUAUGGAAGCUGCCGGUGUGAACGAACAAAGCGAGAAGUUAGAGCAGGAUCUUUAUGACAUGGAGAUCAAUAAAACCCGAUCCUCAAUGACAAAUAUCACAAAUCUCGUUGAUGAAAAUGGCACACCGUUGUACGCAACCAAGGAUAAUGCAACGGAAUUGGGAGCCUCUCCGGAGUACAUUGCGUUUUUCGAGCAGUUGCAAACAAACUACACCAAAGAGCAGGUAGUAGUUUGUUUAUAAAUUCAAAGUCUUUUCAGCUACGCGAAAUGAACACUACCGGCUAUACAAUUCUCAAAAAGAAUCAAAUCCAAAUGCUCUAUGGUCCGCAAUCUCCGCAUGCUGAUGAUGCAGUCUACAAUCGCCUCAUGAAUAUGACCGAAAAAGAGAUCCACGACCAUUUGCAAAAGGACUUUGACAUGAUAGCCGAAAUGGACAACUUUCAAAUCGACCAAAGUCGAUUCGAGCGGUCUCAGCACGUCUCUCAUUCCAGACGAAAGAAGCGACUUUUACCCGGAGUAAUCUUAUCACCUGUCAGUUUCGCGCCGUUGAUUGCGAAUCCUCUAGCGGCUUCGCAGCCAUUCGUCCUGUCGCCCAUUAUUUUCACGCCUCUAAUCUUGUCCCCAUCCGUUUUCGGGCCAAUCGUCCUAUCGCCUUGGAUUUUCACUCCGUUAAUUUUGUCGCCUCGUAUUUUGGGAGUAAUUGUCUUAUCGCCAUUCAUGUUCAAUCCGCUUAUUCUAUCGCCAUUUGCUUUGAUUCCGGCAGUCCUGUCACCGGGUCUUUUCACCCCCGUAGUCUUGUCGCCCCUCUUGAUGGUCCCAUUCGUUAUGUCGCCUCAAGUUUUUACCCCAAUUAUUUUAUCGCCUCUAUGUUUAUCGCCAAUUAUUCUCAAUCCAAUGGUGGGAUCUCCUCUUAUCUUGUCGCCUUUUGUGUUAUCGCCUAUUAUUGCUUCGCCUAUGGCGCUAAGUGCCCUUGUUCUGAGUCCCUACGCUUUGUCGCCGGUUAUCUGGUCUCCCUUGAUCGCCUUUGCGGCCGUUCUCUCUCCCUCAUGGCUCAGCUGA